GUCUUGGCCGGCCUCUCCGCGUAUGGAUGGAGAAGAAAUUACUGUUGGACAACAGGAAGAGCGAGAGUAAAAAAAAGAGCCUCUCUGGGUCCAUGGACCACUGAAGGAAGAAGAUGCUUGGCCAAGCGCCGCCAACGAAGAGAAGGACGACCAUGUUGUAGGAAUUUCCCGCCGGUGAAUGGAAUGUCUGCUGUCAGAGUUAUCAGAAGAGCGUGAGAGAAAGACCUACUGUCCAAGAUCAGACCGAGAAAGAGCAAACCGGAGAACCAAGACGGAACAGUAUUCCAAAUGGAGAGGUGAGGUGUCAUCGUCAUUGUCAUCAUCGUCGUCCCAGUGAUUUAUGUCAGAGCCCAGGCAGAACAAGUUUCUUGGGAUCAUUUUCCCACCGAGUGAUCGUGACAAAAUGGAACAGCUUCCACACGUUGGAUAAACCCUUUAGGGGAGGCUGAUUGAUGGAUGGAUGUGAAAGUGGAAACUGGAUGUGAAAUGAGUGAAACUUCUAGACCUGAUUACGAACAAGUUACCAGUCAAAAGUGUUGACGUAGAAGUAAAGUUGAAAGGAAAAACUGGCCGGGAUUGAUUGGAUCCCGAGUGAAACGUGAUCUCAAAGUGGCAAAAAAUACACCUGGCUUUCAAGCAAAUUAAUUCGUUCAUCACGCUCAUGUGCGUGGCCUAACCCAAGAGGCCUCAGAGGCCUUGCCUUCUUGAGCGAGUGGCACCAAAGGAAGAAAAAUCAGAAUUCAAGUCAUGAAUAAAGUGCAAGACAUCGUGACCGUCCAGGUCCAAGAAAUUGGAUUCACGGACGAAAAGGCCUACAACAACGAUGGCGAAUCUGCGGUCCGCACCCAAUCCUCCCCACCUCCUCCACCUCCACCACCUCCAAGGUCCAACCAACAGCAACAGAUGCUGGGACAUCAAGAGCAUGAAGCUAUGAAGAACCCGACCAAACCUCGGAGAAGUGUUUCCGGAGUGUCCACAGGACCCAUGGCCGAUGAAUCAGACAGUGGGAUCGGGCUCUGUGGAUGGCUCCUCACAGCAAUCUCCUGGGGUUUGGUCAUUGUCACACUGCCAUUUUCAUUGUGUGUAUGCUUCAAGGUUGUGCAAGAGUACGAGAGAGCGGUUAUAUUCAGACUCGGUCGAUUAUUGUCCGGCGGAUCCAGAGGACCGGGCAUAUUCUUCGUCCUUCCUUGCAUCGAGUCAUAUCAGAAGGUUGACUUGCGUACCAUCACUCUAGGGGUGCCACCUCAGGAGGUUCUGACCAAAGACUCUGUGACGGUCUCCGUGGAUGCGGUCGUCUAUUACCGAGUGUCAAAUGCCACGGUGUCCGUGGCCAAUGUGGAGAACGCGCAUCACUCCACGCGGCUUUUGGCCCAAACCACCUUGCGGAAUAUCCUGGGUACCAAGAACCUCCACGAGAUCCUCAGCGACCGUGAGAGCAUCUCCGGGUCCAUGCAGACUAACUUGGACGAGGCCACAGCAGCUUGGGGAAUUAAAGUGGAAAGGGUCGAGAUAAAAGAUGCACGUUUACCAGUUCAAUUGCAAAGGGCCAUGGCCGCAGAGGCCGAAGCUGCGCGAGAGGCCAGAGCAAAGGUGAUUGCAGCCGAGGGAGAGCAAAAGGCAUCCAGGGCUCUCAAGGAGGCAUCUGAGGUGAUUGCCGAAUCAUCUGCAGCUCUUCAACUGCGAUAUCUUCAAACUCUUAAUUCCAUUUCGGCUGAGAAGAAUUCUACCAUCAUUUUCCCGCUUCCCAUUGAUUUGCUAUCGCAAUUCAUGGGCAAAUCAUCGGAAAAGAAUGAGAAAAUAGACUAACCAACCAAUGAGCCAAAUCUUCAAAUCUAGACUAGUUCGAGAGUCAAAGCACAUUUGGCCGGGUAGGCAAUCUCCAAAAUGGUUUGGCUUCAUGAUAGUUGGAUGAAGAUGUGGGCUUUUGUGAAGUGAACGCCUUUCAUUUUGAGAUCAGCCCAGCUGAUGUGCGUCAGUAUUAGUUCUAUGCCCCGUUUGUGCUCAUCCUCGGACGGACAAAGUGACCAAGACAUUUUUUGCGACUCGUUUUCGGUUCCAAGUUCCACUUUUUACCAAUUUGAUCGCUUGAGUUCCAACAUUGAAAUGAGAGGGGGGAACAAUAAUAAGAAAAAUGGAUUUCCUCGUUGCUCAGUAGUAUUACUUUCUUGAUCGAGUAUCUAUCUCAACAAAGGAUGACGAUGACGUCUAAACCAAGAUUUUCCUACUAAUCAUCAACGUUAUUCUUACCCCCUUCGUUUGGAUCCGGUUAUGGCAAUGAAGUGUCGCCUCUGAAACAUACACAAUUUCCACCGCUCUUCUCAUGGUCAUCAUUAUUGUCAUCAUCCGUAUGAUCAUGAUUAUCGUGACCACUUACUAAUCAUAUUUAUUCCUCCUUUCUUUUGAAUUCUAUUGGAACUAGUCUGAAACAAACCUUGUAUGUAAAAAUGAUGCUCAAGAAAGAAGCCAGAGAAAAAACAAGUUAUCAUCCAAACGAACUAAAACGGAAGGAGUUAAUAUGUUAAUCUAUGACACGAAUUAAUAUACGAAAUAGACUUUAAAUUCCAACGUUA